AUGGACAGACAUCGAGUGAAGAGGAAAGAAGAAGGAAAUAAGCGCUCAAACCAAUCCGGGAAGAAAGAAGGCCUGAUUGAACUGGCUUACAUCCCUAGAACCCUACACACUCCACUGGCUGCAAGGGUCGAUCUAGUUACUUCGUUCCUUAGAGAAGACGCCUCUUGCGCUCUAAUCGCAUUUGAGCUGGGAGGCCCACUCAUCGAGAAAGGGUCAAUUGAAUCGAACCUCUUCAGCCGAUAUUUAAUGCCUGAGAACGCAUCUUUUGAAACUCCCUUGGGUGAUAAGCCAAAAACAAGAAAAAGCAACGGCUGUGGACUUAUCAACUGGUCUACUUUAGCCUUCCUCAAAGAGCCCAGGAUACCCCGCAUCCCUUCACUCAGUAAGAAAACUUGGGAAACCUGGUUCAAGGCCAAGACCAAGGCUAUACAUCUCCUCUGA